AUGCACCACCACGCCUUUUCUCGUCGUUCUGCAGGCAUUCAUUCCCUACCCGUCGAACUGCUUACUCGAUUUUUUGUUCUUGGCUCUCAAUUCGAAUAUCUCUACGAGGAUUCCCCCUUUCUCCUGAAGCCUGUGCAAGAUUAUUCUCCAGCAGAAGCUCCCAACUUUCAGGUUAUCGUGUCUCAAGUCUGCCGUCAUUGGCGGCAGAUUGCGCUGCGCACGCCGUCACUUUGGACAACUCUUCAUUUCCGCAAGGUAUCUCACAUUCAACGCGCUACGACGUAUCUAUCCCGCUGCUCCCUAUCGGGAACAUCGAAUACGUAUCUCCUCGACAUUCUCAUCGAUACAGUGGCCGAAGAAGACUACCUUCCUGGAAUCAAUCUUUACAAGAACGAACUUCGUACCAUUUUCCAAGAAAUAGUCCCUCACGUUAGGCGAUGGCAUGCAUUUCAUCUCAAGAUAUGCGACGACGACUGCAAAGCACAAGCCAGGGAAUACCUUAGCACAUGUGGACCCGCACCGAGUCUCGAAACCCUGCAACUAUAUCACUUCACCGACUAUCGAACCGCCCAACGCCUUUAUCUUGCUACCUACCGGCCUCCAGUCGUCGUUUUUAGCAACACCCUUCCAUGUCUGAAGAAUGUAUCGCUCAUUGGUGUUAAUCUACCAUGGGACAAAAGCCCAUUCCUCCAGGAUCUCCAUCACCUGGAACUGGCCCUUCAUUUGGACAACAUCCGCACUCCUUACGCAUAUUGGGAUAGGAUGCUGCGUUUGAGCCCAGAGUUGAGGACCUUGUGUCUUCAUUACUCCGGGCCAAAGGAAGCGACGACGGCUGACCCAGCGCUUGUAUGGCCAAACUUGGAUGAUAAGAUACAGCUCCGCUCUUUGCAAGAAUUGAGCGUGACAGACCUCGACCCAGACUACCUUUGUCAAGUAAUACAGCGACUCCAUAUUCCGAGCGUCAACAAGCUCACUCUAGAUCUACCGGACCAGAAUUUUACGCCGUUCGUCGAGCUGUUGACCAACUCAUCAGCUCCGGGGUCGACAGACAACAUCGGCAGAGCGAACAGCACUCAGACUGCCCCGCGGUUUUACUCAACGGAGCACUCCUCGCCGUCCCCUACGCCUCCAGAUUCUCCCAUCCUUUCUCUCAGAAACCUAGAAACUUUAAUCGUCCGCGCCCUUGAAUGUAGUCCUAGCAGCCUGGUCUCCCUUUUACGAGCAACGCAAGCCCUCCGGGUCCUCCAGGUGGACUUCGCCAGAGUUGGAGGAAGUUUAUGCCAGAUUUUCACCGAAGAUCCUGAGAUCACGCCACUCGCGGCCAGUCCAGCCUCUCCAGGGUUCGUCCAUCACCCACUCUUACCGCUUCUCGAAAUCAUGAAGAUUGCUGGUGCACCAGGCAAGGAUAUCUUGGACGCUCUUCACACCCGCCACUGGGUAUCUAGAGAACCUCCCGCUGUUUCGGAGAAGUGGAUUGUAGGAUGGGACGAGAAGAGGCGGGGCGCUGAUGCCGAACUGGACGCACUCGUAGAUAAAGGCUACUGGAGCUUUACUGGACAAGGCAGGGAGGUAAGGGUCAUCAUAGAGACAUAUGAUGACGAAGACGAGGCUGCGGAAGUGCCCGACAACGAUGCUGAAAGUAGUGAUGAUGAAGAACUCGAGGAUGAACCGUGA